AUGCUUCCCACCAUGUACCCAUACUUCAUCAUCAUCAUCAUCGGCGCCGCCGCCGCAGGCGCUGGCAACGCGUCCGCCGUCUUGUCAGCCUUCAUGAUGGGACAGCUGCUGAGCUCCAAUGCCCGCAGUGCGGCAGGGAUCCAGGCAAGUCCGUGCCCCUUUGCGGCCGGGCCGGCCACCGCCAUUGCCCCCAACGCGGCCUUGGCCGCCUACAGCGUGGCCAUUCUGAACGACGUCGUUGAGGGUCUUGGAGCCUAUUACGCCGUGUCGUCCGCCGUACGAGCGCUGGUGGCGCUUAGCGAGAUGGAUCUCAAGGACGGCGAGUACGGAGAGGAGACGAAGGACACCAAGGGCGACGGCGACGAAGAGGAUAUCGAGGGUAUCAAGAACGGACAAGGGGAGAACUGA